GUCCGGUGUGGGGCGGGGGGCGGCGGCGGUCGCGCGACCCGGAAGUUUUAGCCGCGCUGCGCCGGAGGCGGAGGAAUCACUUCCGGAAACGUCGUCUUCCUGCUGGAAAAUCCUGACAUGCGUGAACAAACACCGUGCGCCAGAAAACGUGUUCUGCUCACAUACAUGUAGGACGGGUGUGAGGAUCACGUGCGCAGAGACGACGACGGUGCACCCAACGCGGGUCACAGCCUCUAGGGGUCACAGCGUCUAGGGGUCACCGUAAUUCGGAAUAUCCGGGGUAGCAGAGGGAGUGUAGCUCAGUGGUCGGCCAUGGACAGCAGAGCACCCCGCGCUGUCUGCCCCCUCUCCCACCCCAGUUUCGUUUCCCGACUCCGUAAGCUGUCACGUGAUGCGCCCAGGUCACGCGAUCGAUGCGCGUGAGGCUUGGUUCCGCCGCGCGGUCGCCCGUCCCGGGUCGUGUGGCUCAAUAGGGAGUUCAACCCGACGUCUCCCAGUCACCCCCGUGUCCCGCGCGCGCGGAUGCUGCAGGCUCGGGUGCAGGAGAGCAGGGCCCGGACUCGAACCCCCAGCCCGGGAUGGCCCGAGAGGACACGGGGGCCCCGCCCACCCGACUCUGGGUCCACUGUGAGGGUGUCUACCGCGACGAGCACCAGCGCACGUGGGUCGCUGCUGCAGAAGAGGACACAGCCACCCUAAAGGCUCGGGUCCGGCGAGUUCCAGUUCCUCUGGGUGACGCUUCGAAGCCCCGUGACCUCCUGACCUCACCGCUGCCUCUCAUGUGGCAGCUCUACCCCGAGGGGCGGUACAUGGACAACAAGUCCCGCCUCUGGCAGAUCCGGCGUCAUUCAGUGGUCAGGGGGGCGCAGGAGCUGCUCCUACAACUUCUGCCAGAAACCUGACCCGCUACGCGGUUCCACUUCCGCUUCCUGGAACACGCGCGAUUGUACUUCCGCUUCAAGGUUCACACAUGAUUAUACUUCCGCUUCCUUGUUUUAGUUCCCAGCCCUGGGUGUGCAGGCGAGGCGCCCCUCAGUUCCGUGCGUCACGUGACCAUCGCUUUCUGCACCGCAGCCGCCGCCCACCCUCGGCCUCCGUGAUGGGGGGAAGGGUUGGGGGAGGAGGGCAAGAGCGGAGCUUCGAGGGAAGGGCUGUGGAGAGCGCGGCGUCAUCGUCACUGGGACAGGUUAGCGCCAUGCGAGGGCAGGGGCAGAGUCAGGGCCCGGAAGUGACGCCUUUGGGAGCAGCCACCAAACCCUCGAUGGACGCCGAUGGCCGAACCCGCAGCACCUGGGACCCGGUCGUGAUUGACAGGGAAGAGAGCGGCAUCUGCAGGACCCACGCGGGUUUCCCACCCCUGGCGCCGAGCGCUCAAGGGAUUCUGGGAGGGAAAGACGAGUCGCACCUCUGAUUGGCACCUCUCUUUGAUUGACACCUCUCUCUCGAGAGGCCGUAGCCACCAACGUUGCUGAUCCCUGGGCAGCGUCCGUGCGAACUGUGAGGAAUUUCGGGGGUGAAAACAUGCACAGCGGUUCAUGCACAUCGAAGUCGGGUUUUGCUUUUUGGGAUAAGUUUGGGGCCCAGAGCAAUGGUGCGGACCUGAAAUUCCAGCUGUGUGGGAGACCAAUGUGUGCACUUUG